AUGUCACCUCAUAAGCGGGACGAAGAAGUUCGAGUGGAACGACAAACGACCGAAACUAAGGACAAAACUGGAAAAACACAUUGUGCCAGUAGUGUGCACUUGAAUUUACCUGUUAGCAAAGUGGUUGUGCAUCCUUUAGUGCUUCUAUCAGUAGUGGAUCAUUUCAAUCGUGUCAGCAAAACACAGAAUGUGAAACGUGUGGUUGGUGUGCUGUUGGGCAGUCUGAAACCGAAUCGUACACUUGAUAUUGCGAACAGUUUCGCUGUUCCAUUUGAUGAAGACGAUAAAGAUAAGAAAACGUGGUUCCUCGAUAUGGAUUAUCUGGAGAGUAUGUAUGGAAUGUUCCACAAGGUUGCUGCACGUGAGCGAAUCGUCGGAUGGUACCACACUGGACCGAAACUUUGUCAGAAUGACAUCGCCAUAAAUGAGCAAUUGAAACGUUUCACAUUGAAUCCAGUGUUGGUUGUGAUCGAAGCUGAACCAAAAGCUCUUGGCUUGCCCACAGAAGCAUAUAUUGAAGUUCAAGAAGUUCAUGAUGAUGGAACUCCACCGAUCAAGACCUUCGAACACGUCCCGAGUGAGAUUGGUGCCGAAGAAGCAGAAGAAGUGGGCGUGGAGCAUUUGUUGAGAGACAUAAAAGACCAAACGGCUGGCACAUUAUCUCAGCGAAUAACAGACCAAUUGAUGGGCUUGCGUGGACUGCAUGGGCAAUUAACCGGAAUACAGAACUAUUUGAAAGAGGUGGCUGCGGGGAAAUUACCGAUCAAUCAUGCUGUUAUCUAUUACAUACAGGAAGUGCUAAAUUUAUUACCAGACGUGACAUCGCCGCAGUUCGUCGAAUCACACAAUGUUCAGACGAAUGAUGAAUUGAUGUGUGUUUAUAUGGGCUCAUUAGUUCGAACUGUUAUUGCUUUACAUAAUCUCAUUGAUAAUAAGGUCAGUGCGUUCAUCAUUCUAUCAUUUCACAUGUGCAUUGUACGGAGAGAGAUGAUUCUCGGAUGUAAUUGCUUCGGUAUGACAUUGGUUGAAGAUGUCAUAGAAUUGUUAGAUGUAAUCGAUGCUGACGAUGAGUGUUUUGCAUCGAUUUGCUUUUGA